AUGCCCGCGAACGACGCACUGGAUAAGCAGAUACUGAAGCUCUUCGUGCCCGCCAUGCUCAACUUCCUCAUCAUCCCGUUCGUGGGCGCGAUCGACGUCUUCUGGGUCGGGCGCAUGGGCAGCGCCGUCGCGCUCGCCGCGCAGGGAGCCGCGAACCAGGUGUUCCAGUCGGCGUUUUGGAUAAUCUCCUUCGUCCCGUCUAUCAUCGCGCCCGUCGUCGCCAAGGCGGCCGCUUCGGGGGACACGGAGGAGGUCCAGCGCGCCACCGGCGAGGCCAUCUUCGUCGCGUCCCUCGUCGGCGUCUUCGGGAUGGUGCUGCUGACGGUGUUCCAGUCGGCGAGUCUGAAGAUCGUCGGCGUGGUCCCCGGGUCGGCAACCGCCGCCGCCGCCGCGCCGUACAUCGGCUGGCGCGCCCUGACGUUCGUUCCCGCGAUCGUGUCCACCGUCGGGUUCGCCGCGUUCAGGGGCACCCUGGACGUCACGACCCCGAUGAAGAUCACGCUCGUGAGCCAGAUGGUGAACCUGCUGUUGGACCCGAUCCUCAUCUUCGGAGCGGGGUUCGUGAAGGCGAUGGGCGUGGCGGGCGCGGCGAUUGCCACGUCAGCCUCGGAGAUCACGUCGUUCACGCUCUACAUGAGCGCCAUGCUGCGCCGCGGGAUCAUCACGCUGGGGUCGCUGAUCCGGGUGCCGAGCUGGGGUAACAUCGGGAAGUUGAUGGUGGGCGGCGCCGCGGUGCAGAUGAGGUCCAUCGCUCAGAACGUCACCUUUCUCGCGGUGAUGCGCGCGAUUCUGACGAUGGACGCGACCGGGACGGCCGCGGCGGCGCACACGCUCUCGUCUCAGAUGUUUCAGCUGUGUCUCAUCGCGGUCCUCGCGCUGUCCACGCUGGCGUCCAUCCUCAUCCCGCAGAAGCUCAACGCCGCGAAGGGGGAGGGCGGCGUGGAGCAGGCGAAGAUCUGCGCGGACCGCCUGCUGGUGUGGGGGUUCCUCCUCGGCACGUUCCUCGCGUGCGUCCAGCUCACCGCGCUGCCGGCGCUAAAGUUCUUCACGCCGUUGGAGAACGUCCAGGCCAUGGCGCGGGGCCCGGUGCUGAUCGGCGCGAUGCAGAUGCCGCUCAACGGCUUGGUGUUCGUGGCGGAGGGCCUGAUGCAGGGGCACCAGGCGUUCGCGAGGCUCGCGGGGGGGAUGUGCGUGUCCACGACGCUGAUGCUCGGGGCGCUUAAGGUGUGGGGCCACACCGUGGAGGGAGUGUGGGGCUGUUUCUUCGUGUUCAACGUGUCGAGGCUGGCGUUCGGUCUGAGGCAUCACUUCUUCGACGGACCGCUCGCGCCGGCGAGGAUGCGAGCGGAAAAGUCAAACCCGUGA